AUGAGCAGUUCUGUGCUAAGUGGGAGCAGCCCCGGCUCCAGUGGGGUCUCGGAAUCCACUGACCUCUUCAGGGACCUAUGGGGUCGACUCAAAGAAUGUCACGAUAGUGCACUGCAAGGUAGGCCUACUGUCUACAUGCCAGAGAAUCUACACCAAAACAACUAAGACCAGUGGGCCAUGUUUAAUGCAACUAUCAGUGUUAAAAGUACUUAAUUCAACAAAAUAAAUCAUUCAACAAUCCCCUUUUCAAGCUCUUUUUUAUCCUGUGUUUAGGUUUGCAAACCAAAGUGAACAAGCUAAAGAAGGAGCGAUGUUUGUAAGUACAGUCAUUUUAGUUGAACGUUGUGUUGAUGAUCAAUUAAUAGAAUCUGAAACUUCAUAUUUUCUGACAUUCAACAUGCCAUUCCAAAGAGUGUGAUUACUGUUUUUUACGGCCCCACUUAAGUUGAGACUGUUCUCCAUUUCCCCGUCAGUGUGUAAGGUUUCAAAUGUCACUGAGCAAGUCAGUCUCACAAAGGCCUCUUUCACAUUCUUACUUCAGUAGGACAGCAUAUUAUUUGGGCCCUACUCAUUUAGAAGAGUUCUGUGAUGGGAAUCCCAAAAUAUAAUUCCUCUUGUACCCCAAGAAUGCACAUUCAAAUACAGUACGUAUGUACUCAAACAAUCACUCAAAUGUUUAUUAAUUCAAAUGAUUUAAAGCAAUGUGUUCCUUACUUUUGUCCCCCCUCUCACCCUGUAGAGAUGCCCAAAGACUGGAGGAGUUCUACAGUAGACACCAGCAGCUGAGGGAGCAGCACAAAACCCUGCAGGACACUGUCACAGUUCUGGAGGACAGGUUGGUACCCCAUCAACCUGUCUGUCUGUCCCUGACUGUCUGUUUGUCUCCCUCUGACUUUUUCUCUAUCUACCUGCUUAUUUGAGCUGUUCUUGCCAUAAUAUGGACUUGGUCUUUUACCAAAUAGGGCUAUCUUCUGUAUACCCCCCUACCUUGUCACAACACAACUGAUUAGCUCAAACGCAUUAAGAAGGAAAGGAAUUGCACAAUUAACGUUUAAGAAGGCACACCUGUUAAUUGAAAUGCAUUCCAGGUGACUACCUCAUGAAGCUGGUUAAGAGAAUGCCAAGAGUAUGCAAAGCUGUCAUCAAGGCAAAGGGUGGCUAUUUGAAGAAUCUCAAAUAUAACAUAUAUUUUGAUUUGUUUAACACUUUUUUGGUUACUACAUGAUUCCAUAUGUGUUAUUUCAUAGUUUUGAUGUCUUCACUAUUAUUCUACAAUGUCAAAAACCCUUGAAUGAGUAGGUGUGUCCAAACUUUUGACUGGUAGUGUAUAUCUCUCUCUAUCCUUUGGUUAAUCUUUUGUCCUCUGUUUUUCUUCCUUCCCGUCUGUCUCUCUCCCUCUGUCCAGGCUGCGGGCAGGGCUGUGUGAUCGCUGUUCCGUCACAGAGGAGCACAUGAGGAAGAAGCAGGUGGAGUUUGAGAAAGGCCGUCAGCAGAACAUACGCCUCAUCGCAGAGAUCAGUGAGUUGUACAUCAUUCCCUUCUCACUUACACGUACCCUACAUUCUGUAUCUGAGAUUAAUUUACCUCCACACUGGUCCCUCUUUUACACAGCACAUACAGCUCCUAAGCUUUUGGCUACAGUAGGAUAUGAUUAUGACAAAGGAUGGGGGCGGUCAUCAGUCAUUCACAAGGGAACUCUCUCCCUACCACCCCCAUCUCUCUUUGUCCACUACACUCCUUCUUUCUCUGUAACAGGUUCCCUCAUAGCUCUACACAUCACACAAUAUAGCCUUUCUCUUUUUUAGCUAAGUCUGUGGGUAGUGGUUUGUGUGUGUGGGGGGGCAAGGAGAGUCUCUUUUUACAUUGAUGAAAAAGGAGAACCUGAAUGAUCUCUUUGUUUCCUAUGUUAUCUCCCAAAUGUUACAUUCCUACGUGCUCACAAAAGGGAUGCAGUUCUUCCUCUAUACCCCUAGUGCUCUGCAAAUAAAUGGACUAAGACCUAUCAUCGCUGUAGUAGGGCGAUUCCACGCCAGGACAACUCGAAAGUAUUUUAGGUAUCUCAGAUUGUUCUGGAAAUGUUCAUAUAGAAACCUCAUAUGGAGGAAGGAUGUUUGACAUGCUUUUUACAUUUGUAUCAUAAAUAAUGUUUGAGCAAAAUCAUGAUGAAAGUGGCAAUUUUAGGCCUAUACUUGCCUCCUAUAAGACCCUAUGAUCUGUGAACCGAUACAGACAACAUCUUGGUGUCAUUAUACUCCUUAUAGUGUGUUCUCAAAUACGGAGUAUGUCUAGAUUCUAAAAUACACUUUUUUACAUUAAUUUAUUCAACAAUAAAAAUAUUAAUUUGAAUAUCUCAAAAGUACCCUUUUUAAUUCUGCGUGUUUUUAGCCAUAUUGUUUGGAACAAUAUACUCUUCAAACAUGUCACAUUUCCAGAUUGGGCUCUCUGGUACUUUUGAAGAUAUGACCUGUUUAUACAUAUACAUUGACAUUAUAGGUUAACCAAUUAACCAAUCACAGCCCUACUUUAGGAUUUAUUGCACAUUCAGCAGAUCACCUGCAGAGGGAGUUCCCUUUGAAUCCAUUUUCCCAUUCAGUGUGUUGCUUGUGCUCAUAAAAUGUAUCAUAACUUCAAAAUUACCAAAGCCCACUCUGGAAAUUUGAUGUACUUGUUGAGUAUAUUGUUCCAAAUAAUGUCUUAAAAUGAACAGAAUCUAAAAGGGUACUUUUGAGAUAUUAAUAUUUUGACUGUUGAAUCAUUUAAUGUAAAUUGUUUUAUUUCAGAAUCUAGACAUGCUCCAUAUGUUAGAGCACACUAUAAGGAGUAUAAUGACACCAAGAUGUUGUCUGUAUUAUGUGUGGUUCACAGAUCAUCAGGUCUUACAGGAGGCAUGUAUAUGUCUAAAAAGGCCUAAAAUGGCAACUUUCAUCAUGAUAAAAAAAAAAAAGUGAUACAAAUAUAAAAACCAUGUCAAACAUCCUUCCUCCCAAAUUAAGUUUCUAUGUGAAAAUUGCCAGAACAAUCGGAGAUACCAAAAAUAGCUAAAAUGUAAUUUGCAUAAAUAUUCACACCCCUUUGUUAUGACACUCCAAAUUGAGCUCAGGUGUAUCCAAUUUCCUUUGAUCAUCCUUAAGAUGUCGCUACAACUUGAUUGGAGUCCACCUGUGGCCAAUUAAAUUGUUUAGGCAUGAAUUAGAAAGAAACACAUCUGUCUAUAUAAGGUCCCACAGUUGACAGUGCAUGUCAGAGCAGAAACUAUACCAUGAAGUCCAAGGAACUGGACGUAGAUCUCCAAGAUAUAAUUGUGAUGAGGCAUAUAUCUGGGGAAGGGUAUAAAACAAUUUCUAGAGUGUUAAAAGUUUCCAAGAGCACAUUGAGAAAUUGAAAAAAUAUGGAACUACCCAGACUCUGCCUAGAGCUGGCCGUCCGACCAAACUGAGCAACCGGGCAAGAAGGACCUUGGUCGGGGAGGUGACCAAGAACCCAAUGACCACCCUGACAGAACUACAGAGUUCCUUGGCUGAGAUGGGAGAAUCUGCCAGAAGGACAACAGUCUCUACAGCACUUCACCAAUUUGGGCUUUAUGGGAGAGUGGCCAGACAGAAGCUACUCCUGAGAAAAGGGCACAUGACGGCACACCUGGAGUUUGCAAAAAGGCAUGAGAAAGAUUGAGCGCAUAAGUCAAAAGUUUCUGUGGUCUGAUGAGACAAAAAAACUAUUUGGCCUGAAUGCAAAUUGAACUCUUUGGCCUGGAGAAAACCAGGCACAGUUCAUCACCCAUCUAACACCAUCCCUACCGUGAAGCAUGGUGGUGGCAGCAGCAUGCUAUGGGGAUGCUUUUCAGUGUCAGGGACUGGGAGACUGGUAAGGAUAGAGGGAACAAUUAAUGGAGCCUAAUGCAGGCAAAUCCUUAAUAAGAACCUGCUUCAGCGGGCAAACGACCUGGGGGCGAAGAUUUACGUUCCAACAGGAUAUGUACUGCAAGCAUACUGCCAAAGCAACUCUGGACUGGCUUCAGAACAAAAAUGUGAAGGUCGUUGAGUGGCCCAGCCAAAUCCCAUUAAAUCUGUGGAAAGACUUGAAGAUAGUGGUUCACUGCUGCUUCCCAUCUAACUUAACAGAGCUUGAGGAAAUAUGCAAGGAAGAAUGGGAGAAAAUGCUCAAAUCCAGAUGUGCAAAGCUGAUGCAGACAUACCCAAGACGAUAAAGCUGUAAUCGCCGCCAAAGGUCCUUCUACAAAAUAUUGACUCAGGGGUUUGAAUACUUAUGUAAAUUAGAUAUUUCUGUAUUUCAUUUUCAAUAGAUUUGCUAAGAUUUCUAAAAACAUGUUUUUACUUUGUCAUUAUGGGGUAUUUUGUGUGUGUGUGUGUGUGUAUGGGUGAGGAAAAUAAAUAUUUAAUACAUUUUGAAUGGAAUAAGUCAAGGGGUAUGAAUACUUUCUGAAGGCACUGUAUAUGUGGUUUCAUGUGACUUCCAGUGACAGAGAGGAACAGCCUGCAGGAUGAGAACAGAAAGCUGAGUCUUGAGUUGGAUAGGCUGAAUGGAUCUCUGUGAGUUAAAACCAUCCUCAUCCGCCUCACAUUGGCACAUACAGUACUUUUGUAACCAGGAUUGUUGAAUCUAAAACAAUAUUCUUCUUGCACAGCGAGAAAGCAUUGUUUGAAUUAGGGAGUUCUCACUUUGAGCUUAAUACAGUAUAUUAUUAUUUCAGGAUAUUAUUAAUACUUUCUAUUAUUAAUACGGUAUGUUACGCUUCAACGCCCAUUGUAUUUCUGUGGUGUGUCUGUAUGUUUGGUUUCCAGCUCAGCGUCUCCUGAGCCAGAGGGAGCGGUGAUCUCAGACUCUCCACUGCAGCAGAUCUCCCUGCCUGUGGUCAGCAAGAUGAGGAAGGAGACCCACCAUGUCUGCUACGCCGAGAAGUCCCUGUCUCAGUCCGAGAGCUCAGCGCUCCACGGUCAGUCUGCUUCAUACAAAGAAAUACAUAAAUGUAAAUGGCCUAACCCCCAGAGAAAGGGUCCCUUCCUGGGCUGCCCCAGCACCACCAUCACUGAGGACGGCCCCCCGUCCAUCCUUCCCCGCCUGAAGCUCAGCCCCGCCAACGCCCAUCAGUGCCACCAGGAGGGGAUAGCCCGCGUCGCACCACUUAGAGCCACCUCCACCCCAUGUGGCCUCUCUCACCGAGAGCUGGAGAGAGGGAAGAGGAGGAGGAAAAGCGGUGAGAAGGAGGAAGAUGAGGAAGUGGUUGACAAGCCUCUGGACCUUUCCGACUCCCCACAGAAAGCCCUGGUGCCUCCGCUCAAUGCCCAGAGAGGUAGCAGCAUCCCUGGGGCAGAGAACCAAGACAGAGGCCAAAAGCAUCACAUCCUAUUUAAGCAUCCCUCCACCUCUCCAAGUGAUGAACAAUCCAAAAAUGUGUCGCUUAGUCACCAGGUAGAGCCAUGAUUUUUCACAACAAAUUACACAAGAGGUUGUACAGGUACAUUCAUCACAUUCAAGCCUUGUUAUAGAUGGGUUAAUCUUGGAAAACCAGAACAAAAAUCCUGAUAAAUCCAAAUCACCAGAACUUUUUUGUUGUUUAUUUGAUCAUUUUAAAACUAGGUACACAUUAUUAUACACUUGAUUUAAGAAUCAUCACAGAAAAGUACACAACUUAUUUCCAUUGUGACCCUCAAAAAAAAAUGGCAGGUCAAUUUGGUUAUGUUCCUCGUUAGUCGUUACGUAGUCUGUCUAUAUAUUAUAGAUGGGUAGAUCAAGAGCUCUUUUUCUUUGAAACGUUCACCCGUCUUAUGCAUCAACAUACUGCUGUACCAGAGUAGCCAAAGUCACCCGUCUUCCUAUUUGUCCAUUAGACCCACAAUGUCCACCACGAGCCAAUCAGAAAGCGGAGUCGGGAGGAUACUGAGAAUCUGAAGCAGACCUCUGUCCUGCAGGCCAACCCCUGUGCUCGUGUGAAGAGGAGCCCUCCGCAGGACAACAACGGUACUGCAUCAACAACGCUGCCCUCCGAUGCCCCUGAAACGCCACUGGGAAAAGGUAUUGCGUUCUGACUUUACAUGAUGAUCAUUCAUUUAUACUGAAAUUAUGAUUUUAUUUAGAUUGACUGGCCCUUAAGCAUAGACUAAGCAAGUAAUUUGAAUAGAAAUGUCAUAAUGUUUCAUUUCCUACCUUUUUGUUUAGCCAAGCUGAUGCCAGCAGAGCAGACGUGGAGUCUGGACCCAGAGUCAGCCCUCUCCCAGUAUGAUGUAGACACCCCUACUCCAGCAGAGGUAUGACAUUCACCAAAUUCAUCUGCUACUGUCCUAUACGCUUUGUUGCCGUUCCUGAUGUGUAUACUUGCAGUUCUUCACGUGUGUGUGUGUGUGUGUAGCCCCUCUGUGAAGGCGAGACUGUUGAUAUGGACUGCACCUUCGUCAGCCACAGCCUGCUUCUCCGAGGAGCUCCAAGAACCAGCUCUGUUACUGGUACAGCUUACUACAUUUUCACACAAAAUGUUUGAUACAUUCCCAAUCAUUUUAAUUUAAUCAAAUACAGCAAAGAGGAGAUCACUUCAGUGAUGGGAGGACCCAUAUAAACAAACCAACCAUGUAACCAGACUCAAACCCUUCUUUUAGGGAUUGGUCAGAGGGCCAACGACCGCUUGGCUGAGAUAUUCGACAGAACAGGCUACGAGGAGUACGAGUCGUGUCCUCAGCAUGACGGCUCAUAUCUGGACAAAGAGGAGCCCCAUCAUGGGGAGGAAGGACAUAAGGAUGGUAAGGAUUUGACACUGUAGUUUCUCUAUCUUGGCUACUUGUUUCCUUUAUUUGACCGGGCAAAUUGGUUGGGAAUGACCAAAAUGACCUGGUCAAGUAGUAUAACACUUGAGAUUAAUUUGGAAUUUGCGCAUUCAUUGUUAAUUAUUUAUAUCAAUAUUUUAAACUGUCAAUUUUAUUGUCCUCAUUAAAAGCACACAUGCCUCAACCUGGAACGCCCAAUGGAGAACACAAAGACAGGUGAGAUCAUAAUCGUCAGACUAACCUAGAACACUGUCAUGCUAGGAAAGAUUUCUAAAAGGUUUCUUUCCCUCGUUGUGUCCUGUAGUAAAAACCUAUCGUUUGCACACGUGGAGGUGGUCCGCAAGAAAGCUGAGAGGAGGAAACUCAAGGGGCACACAUGUAAAGAGUGUGAAAUCGUGAGUUGACUCAACCGUGUUUUGAUGUGUGGAGCUGAAAGUGCCUGUCCAUGGUCAUGUUGAUUACAUUUUAGUCAUUUAGCAGACACUCUUAUCCAGAGCGACUUACAGUAGCAUACAUUUUCGUACUGGUCCCCCGUGGGAAUCGAACCCACAACCCUGGCGUUGCAAGCACCAUGCUCUACCAACUGAGCCACAUGGGACCAUUAGGCACCAAACUGAAUAAAUGUGUUUUCCUUUUAAAAACAUUUUUAAACUGUUUGCCCUAUUGAACACAACCCAUGAUGUGUGUCAUUGCGCUAACAUAUCUAUUCCAUCUUAUCUCACUUAGUACUAUGCUGACCUUCCAGAGGCAGAGAGGGUGAAGAAGUUGUCAGCCUGUUCUCGGCACCGCUUCCGUUAUCUUCCUCCAUCAACCCCAGAGAACUUUUGGGAAGUCGGCUUCCCUUCAACACAAACCUGUGUGGACAGAGGUAUGCUACCCUAUUCAAUUGGAUCCAUUCAACAGGACGCAUGGUCAUCAAAUCCAUAGUAGUUAAUACUGUAGUCAAUGAUGAUUAUCUUUUCUACACAGAAAAUCAUACACACUUGCCUGAUGAUCUUCCCUGAUGUUUUCCUAAACUUCCCAAUAUCUCUCUGGUGCAUUUUAGUCACGUCAAACCUUCAUACUUCCUUCAGACUGAAAUACUGACUUGUAAUAGACUGUCAUAGAAUGCCCCAAGUAGAAAAGUAAACACUGGCUGGUGAUUAUCACUUUUUUCACACUGUGGGGUCGUGAGAAUUUUCUGAUAUCAAAAUGGGGUCGUGGGCCAAAAAGGUUUAGGAAGCCCUGUAUUCAUUAAUUAUGACGUCUAAGCACUGAAUUUACAGAUGUAUUCUUUGAGGAGUGCAUUGCUUUUAUCUCAGACUUCACUAUGGGGCGUUUCCCCCUUUGCUUCUGUUCAGAUGUAUUCUUAGACGUCGAACUCCACUUAAUGAGUUUAACAACAUUGUGCUUCUUGUUUGUCCUACCAGGUUAUAUAAAAGAAGAUAAUGAUCCAGAGCAGCGCUUAAGGAGGAGGAGACCUUACAAUGCCAUGUUCUCACCCAAAGGCAAAGAGCAGAAGACUUGAACCAGUAGGGGAAAAUAAAUACCCAAUCAAACAAAACUGUAUAAAAUGUUCAUUGGCACACUGCCAGUAUCAUAAUCCUAGUGCCUCACAAAGGAAUAGGUGUGCCUUUAGUGGUGUAUAUACACCCAGACAUAUUGCAGGUUCUUAUAAUUGUUUAAACACAAUUAAAUGGACUAUGUCAGGUCUACAGAGUAUUCCAAUGUCCUCAAGAAAUGAAUACAGAAUAUGCAGCAAAAACCUCUGCUCAGUUAAUUAUUAUUUGAAACUAAUAUGCACCGUUGACCACUACUCUUAGCACCUUCUUUCCUAUCUAGAACAUUAAAGGGCUCUUUGGCUGUCCCCAAAGGAGAACCCUUUGAAGAACCCU